CUUUCAUUUUCCUCCUUUUUGGGUCAACGUUCAUCUUCUUCUUCAGAAAGAAAACCCAAACUCGUGGGUAUUAUUCAUCACUCUAGAAGUCUGAUUUUGAAAGCUCAAAUCAGCAAACUUUCUUCAUCAAAGUUGUUCGUCUGUUCGAAUACUAUAUCAUACCCAAAAAUGAGCAUCAUCAGACGGGUCUAGCUACCUCGAACCGGCUAUGACAUUUCUGUGUUCAUCCAUGGCUGGUUGUUCCUCAGUUGACAACUAUGACAUAUCCAAAAUCAGAGCAAUCCAACUACUCUAGCUAUGUCUGUGAUGACAAAACUUCCUUCAUGAAGGUUGUUCAGAAGUCUUUUCGGCAGUGGUACACCUGAAACAAGCUUUUGUUAGUUUUCAAGUGUUGUUUGAGUUGGUUAUUUCUCUGUGGCAGCUUCACCCAGGAUUUCGGACCAAUAUUAAGGAAUCAGUUGCCCAAGCAAGAACAAUUUGAGUUCAAAGGUGCAUAAUGCAAGUGAGACAUCAACUUUGGAUUCUAGAUAGGAGGAUUCACUCUCGGACAUGUAUUCUUGUGUAUGUAUGACAUAGUAUAUAUUUUUGUGUGUGAAAACUGCAAUGUUUGUGAUUGCCUAAUUAACACUUUAGUUUUUCUUUAUUUUCUUUACUAUUUAUUUAUUUUUGUUGGGUGAGCAAAACAUGAGUGGUUCCUUUACACUUUAGUAGGAAAACUCUUGUUUGUAACUUUUGUAAUAUUCUUUCUUUAUUUUGGGUAUUAAGGGCCGGUUUUUUACUUUCUUCGGUUCCAUUGCUUUUCUUCUUUUUCUUGUUCUAUUUCUCUCAUCUUACAACACAAAUAUUUAUACAUCGAUCUUUAUUUCUCCAGUCUUUGUAGGUAGUUAUUGUAUGGCUUUAGUGGUAUACUGGGCAUUCGGAUUGCGGAUAGUGCUAAUUUGCCGCUAACUCCAGGUGUGGAAUCGCUUGCAACAGUUUCAUUUGGUUUGAGAAUUUCCUUAGUCUCUGGUGGCUUUAUAUAAAAAGGCAACAGAAAAUGGAAGAGAUUGGUGCUUCAAUUGUAUCUAAAAUUGUAGAAGAACCAGUGGCACUAAUUGGGAGACAACUCAGCUAUCUAAUAUACUACGAUUCUAACAUAGAAAGUCUAAAGGAUGUGCUUAAAAACCUUGAUGACAAGAAAAAUGAUGUGCAAAGAUCUGUGGAUGCUGCAAAAAGGAAUGGUGCAAUCAUUAAAGAUCAAGUUCAGAGUUGGUUGGAGGAAGUAAGCAAAAUAUUUCGUGAAGCGGAAGAACUUGAAACCAAACUCAACAUGCAAAGGCGGUGCCCAAGUUUGAAAUCGCGGUAUUCUCUGAGUAGGAAAGCCAAGAAGAUUGCUAAGUGUGCCCUUGAUCUCAAACUAGACGAAGGACUGAGUAAUAAUGUUGCCAAUCCUGCACCUCUGCAACAGCUGGGGUCAAUUAUCUCUAGUGAAGGUUUUAAGGGUUUUGAAUCCAGAAAAGAUGUCAUGAAUGAUGUGCUUAGUGCUUUGAGGAAUGAAAAGACAAGAAUAUUUGGGAUUUGCGGGAUGGGAGGUGUGGGUAAAACCACAAUGGUGAGAGAAAUCAAAGAAAUCAUCAAGAGAUUACAAGGAACAAAUAAGCUGUUUGAUGAUGUUGUGAUGUCAACUAUAUCCGCAACUGUAAACAUUAGGAAAAUUCAAACUGAAAUUGCAGAGUCACUAGAUAUGAAAUUGGUCGAGGAAAGUGAAUCUAUAAGAGCACAAAGGCUACAUGAGAGAAUCAAGCAGAGUAAAAGAAUCCUGAUUAUAUUGGAUGAUGUAUGGUCAGAGCUUAAAUUACAGGAUGUAGGAAUCCCUUUUGGUGUUGGACCUACAACUAAUCAAGUUCAUGAAGGGUGCAAAAUUUUGUUGACAUCUCGAAAUGAAGAAGUUUGUAAAGUAAUGGGUUGUAAAGAUGACAUUUUUGGAGUCCAAGCCUUAAAUAAAGAAGAAGCAUGGGAGCUUUUCAGGGCGACUGUAGGUGAAUCCUUGGACAAUAAUCCUGAUUUGUCUCAUGUUGCAAAAUUGAUUGUUGAUGAAUGCAAAGGUUUACCCAUUGCUAUCAUAACUGUUGGGAAAGCGCUUCUACCAAGUAAUGGCAAGCAUGAAUGGAAUACUGCCUUGCAAGAACUGAAAAAUUCCCUCCCUGAAAACAUCCCUGGAAUGGAACCUGAGGUUUAUUCUUGCAUAAAAUUGAGUUAUGAUAAAUUGGAUAGUGAUGAAGUCAAGUCAUGCUUUUUACUUUGUUGCUUAUUUCCAGAAGAUUAUGAUGUUCCGAUUGAGUAUUUGGUGAGGUAUGGGUUGGGUCGAGCAACUUUCAGAAACACCAACACAGUCGAAGAUGUAAGAAACAAAGUGCAUUCUUUCGUUGGACAACUAAAAAGAAGGUAUUUGUUGCUGGAUAGUGAAAAGGAAGAAUGUAUCAAAAUGCAUGACAUAGUUCGUGAUGUUGCUAUAUCAAUUGCCUCAAAAGAUCCUCACAGAUUUAUGGUAAGAUCAUUUGAUGCUGAAGGUGGAGGUGGAGGACGACCAGGGGUACAAAAAGUUACAAACCAAGAACAUUGCAGUGCAAUUUCAUUAAUUGAUGUUAAAUUGGAUGAAAAUAUUACUGAUGGUUUGGAGUGCCCCAAACUUGAGCUUCUACAACUGAAAAAUUCCUCAAGUAGUUCACAAUAUUCGAACCACUUUAAAAGAAUGGAAGAACUCAAGGUUUUGGCUUUCUUAGAGGUGAAUAUGUCAAGCUAUUUGGCCUCGGAAAAAUCUCUACUGCUUGGAGAACCCAAGUACCUUCAUACCUUGUGUCUAGAGGAUUGCAAAUUGGGAGACAUAUCCCAUGUCAUUGGAGGAUUGGAGAAUUUGGAGAUCCUCAGCUUUGCUCGCUCUGAAAUCAGUAAGUUGCCUAGAGAAAUAGGACAUCUUCAUCGGUUAAGGAUGCUGGAUACAACAGAUUGUGAAGGACUUGAAGAAAUUCCUCAUGGUGUCUUAUCCAAGUUAAGGAGAUUAGAAGAGUUGUACAUGGCAGAAAGCUUUCUCAAUUGGGCUCCAGCAACAGGAAGCAAGGAUGAAACGAGCAUGGCAAGCCUUGAUGAGGUGACGUCUCUAUCUGAUCAUUUAAAUGUCUUAGCCAUAAAAAUCCAUGAUGUUCAGAUGUUGCGGAAUGAUGAGUUUCUUUUAAGAAGUCAGCCUAUAAGAUUUCAUGUAUCUAUCAAUAUUAGUUGGUCAUACAAAAAAGAGAGUUUCAAGAAUCGAAUGCGUGGUUAUCUGUUCGAAAAUAGUUUGAUGCUUCGUGGUGAUGUAAAGGAAUAUUUGGAGAUUGGAGCAGUUAGAUACUUCUUGAAGCAAUCUGAAGACUUAAGCCUACGCCACACAUACAAUUUAAAGUAUGUCAUCGAGAAGUUAGACGAUCAAGGGGGCUUUCAACACUUGAAAGUGUUAUCAAUCAUGUAUGACAACAACAUAGAGUAUCUUAUGAAUGGAACAGAUUGGACUCGUCGUGGUCAACCUGCCUUUCCCAUCUUAAAAUCAGCUACCUUUGAGUAUGUUGACAAACUAAAAGUUUUGUGUUGUGGCAAACUACCAGACAAGCGCUCUUUUAUGAACCUGAAAUCUAUUGUAAUUGACAAUUGUCAUGAGUUAAAAUAUGUCUUUUCACUAUCCGUAGCACAAAACUUGGUACAACUCCAGAAAUUAAUUGUUAAAAACUGUCAGAAAGUGGAAGAUAUCAUAUCAAGGGAAAGAAUGGAAGAUGAUAAUGCAUCUCACAGGAUAAGUUUCCCAAGAUUAACUGUUUUGAAGCUUUAUGAUCUACCCAAGCUCCUUGGUUUCUACACGGGAAACCAACGGGACUCCACCUAUGAGAUUAUAAAGCCCAAUGAUGAAAGUGUGAAUAAGACGAAAGAGACUAGGAAUGACAAUCAAGUUGCUGGGUCGACCUCAUCUAGAUCAAAAGUAGCACAAGUGGGAGCAAGUUGUAAUGCUCUAUUUCCUUCAAAUUGCAUUUCAUGGUUACCAAAUCUAGAGAAACUAGUGUUGAUAGAUUCGACAAGUGAGCAAGGCUCAGAAGAACUAGUAUUCAAUGUGGUAUUUGAUUUAGAAGGGCAUAAUUCAGCAUUUUCUCAAUUACAAACAUUCCAAGUGUUUUCUUUAUAUGGAGUUGAACAUUUGUGGAAGAACGUUCAACCUGGAUUCCAAGGUUUUCAAAAUGUAAGAUCUUUAGAUAUUCAAGAAUGUAGGAGUCUAAAAUAUCUAUGCCCUUAUGAAAUUUACAAGCUCCUUGUGAAUCUCGAAGAAGUCCAAAUAUAUGAAUGUGAGAAUAUGGAAACUAUAGUACAUGAAGAAGGGAAAGAGACAGGUGGCAGUGGCUCGAUGACUUUGUUUCCCAAACUAAUUAAUAACAUCAUACUAGACAACUUGCCAAACCUCGAGAGAUUUUGCCCUGAUGCCCAUUCUUUUGCAUGGUCCUCCUCCACGAGAGUUCUGCGUGUGGAAUUUUGCCCCAAAUUAAAGACAUUGGGUUUUGAACUAGUAAGCAAAAAUCUACCUGCAGCAGUUGCAGAGAAUUUGAGUGAUGAUCAUGUAAGAGGUAGAGAAGAAUUAGGAUCUGACUGCGCAUCAUCAACUGGAUCUGGAUUUGGAUUUGGAUGUGCGCCACUAGUCUGCUUACAAAGUCGUCCAUCUACUCGCAACUUUACUCAAAUAUUGCCCCGCCCUGUAAAUAGAGAGGUAACGCCGACAAGUGCUACCCACAAUCUAGAAGAUCUCUUUGUAGAAAAGUGCGAUUUAUUGGAAGUGAUAUUUUUGGUUCAGGAAACCCCUUCUACUCAAGCAUUUGAUAAGCUGAGGCAAUUGAAUUUGUGGAGGUUACCAAUGCUGAGCCACAUAUGGGAAAAGGGUUUACAAGUUAGCUCAGGCUUUGGAAACCUGAGAUUACUAAAAGUACAGUCCUGUCACAAUUUGAGAUACUUGUUUUCACCGCACAUAGCCAAACUUCUUACCUACCUUGAGAGAAUAGAAGUUUCCUGGUGUAGUGCGAUGGAGAAAAUUGUUGGAGAGGCAGAAGGAGGAGGAGAAAGUAUUGAGGAUGAAUUGACAUUUCCGCACGUAAAUUCCAUCUUACUUGGGCGUUUACCCGAACUUGAAUCUUUCUGCUCUGAAGCUUAUACUUUGAAGUGGCCAGCCUUGGAGAAAGUCGAAGUUCAAAAUUGUCCAAAAUUAAAAGCGUUUGCUCCUGAGUCUCUAUAUGCAUAAGCAGCCAACAUGUGUCUAUGAAGCGUCCACGUGGAAAGAAAAGAAGAAUAUCAUCAGAAGCCAAGAAGCUAGGGACAACACUACAUGACAUGUUACGGUGCACAUCUACAUGACAUACCAAUUUCGUUACUGUUGAUAUUUUUGAUUAAUGUUCCUCAUAUCCUGCCAUUGCAUCUCUUUGAUCAGAUAAUUUAGUUAUUAUCUUUAGUUGUAUUAUAAAACUGGAUUUAUUUGGACCUUCCUUUUCGUAUGUAAUAUUACCAUAUUGAAUCUUUGGAUGUUUGGCUCAACUGUUGGUAUCUAGUUAAUCAAAUUACAAGCAUCAUAGUUUUAAAUUA